AUGCGAGGAAUAAAGUAAAUGCAUGCGCAAUAAUGGUGGUGGUGUGUGGUGGACUAUUUUAUCUUGGAUGGAAUUAGAUUGUAGAGUUGAGAUACAUCUGAUUUGAAUUUGUGGAUAAUAAACUUUUCCUCAAUAUAUCUUUUGAUACCGUGGUUUAGUGUAGAGGUUGACUUUUUAUUAUAGUCUCUGUGUAUCGAAAUUAGUUGUUACAGUGAUCAGUUCUUAAUUUUACCUACUGUAUUUUGCUUAGUAGUGCAACAAUGCUGUGUUGAAUGGUGGAGUUUUGAUAAAUAAAAGCUACCAGAAUCUACGAUUGCUUUCGUAACUGUGAAUGAAUUCAUCACGCGAGAACCUAAAGCGGCCCCAUCGCGCCGCCUAGCCGCCUGAUAAAACGGCGGUGCGGCUGCGCAGCGAUAGACUGUGCCGGUAGCGCGCACCCUGGAGCCCCACAAGGGCCCGCUGGAGCGGAGGCCGCGGCGGCAGGAUGGACGACGCCGGCAGCAACAAGCAGCGGCAGGCGACGCGCGUCUUCAAGAAGAGCUCGCCCAAUGGAAAGAUAACAGUAUAUUUAGGGAAGAGGGACUUCGUAGACCACAUAACACAUGUAGACCCGAUUGACGGCGUGGUACUAAUCGACCCGGAGUAUGUGAAGGAGAGGAAGGUUUUCGGCCACGUGCUGGCCGCGUUCAGGUACGGCCGCGAGGACCUGGACGUGCUGGGGCUGACCUUCCGCAAGGACCUGUACCUGGCCGCCGAACAGAUUUACCCACCGACGAACACAUCGAAGCGGCCACUCACGCGACUGCAAGAGCGGCUGGUGCGCAAGCUGGGCCCGGCGGCGCACCCGUUCUACUUCGAGCUGCCACCGCACUGCCCCGCGUCGGUCACGCUGCAGCCGGCGCCCGGCGACACCGGCAAGCCGUGCGGUGUCGACUACGAGCUCAAGGCGUUCGUGGCCGACGCGCAGGAUGACAAGCCGCACAAGAGAAAUUCAGUACGGCUCGCUAUCAGAAAGAUUAUGUACGCGCCAAGCAAGCAGGGAGAGCAGCCGUCCGUCGAGGUCUCCAAAGAGUUCAUGAUGAGCCCCAACAAACUGUACCUGGAAGCCUCCUUAGAUAAGGAGCUUUAUCACCACGGCGAGAACAUAGCAGUGAACGUGCACAUAGCGAACAACUCCAACCGGUCGGUGAAGCGCAUCAAGGUGUCGGUGCGUCAGUUCGCCGACAUCUGCCUGUUCUCCACCGCGCAGUACAAGUGCACCGUCGCCGAGGCGGAGAGCGAGGAGGCAAUGUCGAAGAAGAGAGUGUAUAGAUUCCCCUUCAUUGAGCUGUUCAGUAAGAAUUUAAAAAUGCAAUCGCUGGAAGGCUGCCCCGUCGGGCCAGGCUUCACGCUGAGCAAGGUGUUCACACUGACGCCGCUGCUCGCCAACAACAAGGACAAGUGGGGGCUGGCGCUCGACGGACAGCUCAAGCACGAAGACACCAACCUCGCCUCCAGCACUCUGAUUGCUGACCCUUCGCAACGUGAAAAUCUAGGUAUCAUAGUUCAAUACAAGGUGAAAGUGAAACUUUGUCUCGGUCCAUUAGGAGGCGACCUGAGCGCGGAGCUGCCGUUCAUCCUGAUGCACCCGAAGCCGGACGACGAGCCGCGCGCCGCGCCCGACCCCGCGCCCGCCGACCACGACCUCAUCCAGCUCGACCCGCACCCAGAUGAGAACGGGCAAGAGCAGGACGACGACAUAAUAUUCGAGGACUUCGCGCGGCUGCGGCUCAAGGGCGCCGAGUCCGACGCCUGAGCGCCGCGCGGACAACAGAGGCAGACAGUAGACAGUGACAUUGCUCCGAAACGAAACUUACGACUCAGAGAAACAAAGUAGCAUCGACCUGUAGGCCUAAGAGUAGGAAGAGUAGGCGCACACCGUUGAUUUUUCGUCGGCCGAUAGUUUAGUCGGGCAGUUGAUCAGUAUGGGCAUGUAUAGGAGUGCGCACACUACGCCGAUUCGAUUUGGCCGAUUCUUUAUACAAUUUAAAAUCGGGCACAACUAUCGGCGAACUAAAAAUCAACGGUGUGCGCCUAUUCUAAGAUGCGCGCCGUGAUAACUUUGAUCGAUGUUAAAAUGUAUGGGCAAAAUCAAUAAAAUGGCGUGAUAACUGCUUCACGGCGCGCAUCUUAGGCCUACAGGAAUGUAUACUUGUGAUAGACAAGGGGAAUGAAAUGCAGCUGAAAUGUAUAAAAAAAAACUUUGAAACUUCCGAUCUGAAAAGGGAUGUUUCUGGCACUCAAAUACAAUAAUUUAUUGUACAGGAUCAACAUCGAUACAAAAAAAAACCAUUAAUAUUGACCGAUAAACCGUGUGGAAGUGAUUAUAUUUUUUUAAAUGUCGAUGUCCCAUAUGCAUAAAUGCAUAUAUUUUAGCAAUAGAAUCGCCCUUUUUCGAAUCGGAUAGUGCUUUUAUUUAUACCUUGUAAUAGUGCGGUGCAUUGCAGUGCUACAGCCGUACUUCAUUUAGAUAAUUUGUAUAAUAUUUUUAAUUUGUAGAACCAGCAGUUAAUUUGUAGUACAAUAAAAAGCGUUCAUAAGCUUACUUGAAGUUCACGUAUUAUUGUUAAAUUGGAGAUCAUGUGAUCUUGGACGAAUUUCUUGCUAAGUUAGCGGAAUUAACUUUAUGAUUUCCAAAUACUUUUCAAUGCCUGGCUUUCCCUUGUUUUUCUUUUAGUAUUGGAUUGGAAUGUUACUUUGUUUCUCUGGUAGAAACAUCGAAGGGACUGGUACCAGCCGCAGUCUCCAGUCGCCGCGGGACACAGCUCCGUAAUACUUCUUAAACAUGCAAACAAAGCGGUACAAUAUAAUUUUCGGUAAUUGUAAGUAAAUGUGAAUUUAUAAAAUAAGCACAAUACGACUGAUACUUCAAUUUCAUUGAUGAUAUCAUUUUUAUUCAAACAUUCACAAUUUAAUUUCCGUUUAAUUUUAUUAAAGUAUUAAAACUGUACAAUACGAUUUUUUGUUCAUAAGUGAAAAUGCUUUAUGGCUUGCGAUUGUAUAUUUUCAUUUGUGAAGUUUUGUAAAACAAAAUAGUGUAUACCAAAAAGCUCAUGAGCGUAUUUCUUUGAUUAUAUUGCAAAUCAAUGCACAAAUAAAGCCGGUUCUCCUGCGACUGAAACGAAUCAAUGGGAAAUAAAUGUAUUGUCAUUAUUAUUGUAAGCUGUCGGCUGUCGUCUACAGCUUUGAAUACGAAAGUUUGGUUUAUAAAAGUUGCAUGCGAGACGGCUUUAGAUCUAGAGUAAGACGAGCACAAACGAGUCGAGACCUGUCCCGCGAGAGGUCGGUCGCCGCACGCCUGCUCGAGUCUGCAUCCCUGUACAGUGUAUCUUGUUGAGAGGAUUUGACUUUCACUAUAUUAUGAUUCGCGGCCGCACUCUCGAACUCUCCUUUCUGGGGACGCGACGAUAGGUGGCGCUAGCAUUAUAAACAUGAUCUAGAAAAAUCUAGGCAGGCUCCUGAUCUGAAGGCAGGGCCGUCUUUAACCUACUAGGGGCCCUGGGCACUUAGCCUAGGCGCAGACCAUCGAUUUUUCGUCUGGCAGUUGAUCAGUACAGACAUGUAUUUGAUUUGACCGAUUCUUCAUACAAAUUAAAAUCGGGCCCAACUAUCGGCUAACUAAAAAUCGGUGGUCUGCGCCUAGUCUUAAGAAUCAAGGUGGCCCUUAUCAUCUGGAGAAGGGUCUUUCGAGCAGACUGGGGCCCCCUCGGUCGCGGGGCCCUGGGCACGUGCCCAAAGUGCCCAGUGGGAAAGAGGGAAGUCUGUCUGAAGGUCUAUUCUAUUGAUCAUCCAGGUGAUCAAAGUGGACUCCAGCGACAGUUUGGUAUCCUUUGAUCACCCAUGUAUAAGAUCUGGGUGAUCAAAGUGCACUCCAGUUUAAUUAUUAUUUUAGUUUCCUUUGAUCACCUAUAAAUAAAUUACACCUCUGUAUAGUCACAUAAAUGUCCAAUUUGUUAGUUGCGGUUUUUAGAAAACAUCAAAAAUGUUACAAAACAAAAUAUGUAAGUACAACAAUUGGACAUGUUACUGUUCAGUGGAGCUGUGAUUUAUUUAUAGGUGAUCAAAGGAAACUAAAAUAAUAAUUCAACUGGAGUCCACUUUGAUCACCCAGACCUUAUACAUGGGUGAUCAAAGUGGAAUAGGCCGAUCUGAAAAGGUUCUCAAAAUUAAAGCGAAUACCCGACUCUGUGGUUGAUCAGAUAUUUUGUAAUUUGACCAAUCGCAAGCUUGAAUCUUUGCUUAUUGAAGCUUACUUCGGUUCUAUUCAUCAUCAAGCUGCUUUCAGAUUGAGUAAUUGACUAUUUAGAAUGCUAUGCUUGCCAUUAGUAUUUUUAUAACGUCUCCCAGAUUUCAGAGUUCGGUCGAGCGAUCGCGAAACGUUAGCGUACAUGAAAAUUUUAUAUAAUAUUCAAUGUAUAUUGUAUGUGAAAAUUAUUUUAAUAGUUGUCUAUUGAUCAAAUUAAACGAGUACAAGAUUAGUUCACUUAUUUAGCAUAUUUACAUGUUAUUAUUGAAUCAUGAGCGAGCGAUGAUUUGUCAUUAAAUAGUACAAUAUAUUCGGCAACAUGCAUUUAAUAGAAUAAACUUGUUUUUGUACGUCUGUAAUUUUUGAUUUCCUUUUGAGGGUAGCGGUGUAUUUUAACUGGUUUAUUGUUGAGGUUUACAAAUACUAUGUCGAGAAAGAGAUACCGCGUGCCAUAAGUCACCUUUUUAUACUGUUGUAUAUUUGAGAAUGCAGGAAUAGGUAAAUAAAUACGUGUCACCUACAGUUGUUGUUAAUGCGUAUAAAAGGUAUGAAUAAGACGCUAGGCCGUCCACCACUGCAAGAAAAAAUCACACCUCUCCUUAUCAAAUAUUAAAAUUAUUACAUUAUUGUUUCAGUUAGUAUUAAGCUUUAUUUUAAAUAAUAACCUUAGAUCAAAGAUUUUGAUGUUGUUCCCAUAGAGAAAAUGGCUAAAAUAUUUUUUAAAUUUAAUUUUGUCUUAGUAAAGAAUAUAAACUACUAAAGCCUGGUCCGUGAGCACGUAGAAUUUUGUCCAAUGACCCCAAGCUACCCAUCCUUAUCGCUCGCGCGUAAUUAUGUUGCUGUCGCGCUCGCACACUCACUGCGGGCGCCUGUCGCACAGUCGCGACACUCGCGACAGUAAUAUAAUUACGCGCGAGCGAUAAGGAUGGGUAGCUUGGGGUCAUUGGACAAAAUUCUACGUGCUCACGGACCAGGCUUUAGUUUUUACAAGAAAACUGAGCAAAGGAAAAUCAACUCAAGAACUGGUAGACGUAUACAAGAGUAGGCCUGUAUUAUCAUCCUAAUUAAAAUACAUAUUGUUAGAAAAUUAUAGAUAAAACAUAUACUUACAUAGGUAGGAGAAGACAUUUUGUGUUGCGAUCAUGUAAAGAGUUGGUAUUUUUUUAUAAAUAAUAGAAAUCGAACAGAAUAACACUAGUAUAGCUAUGAAGAUGGAAAAGCAGGAAUGACAGGUAACCAGAGAAGAUAAUACGAGUAGAACUUCCGCCUGUGGCCUUUAAACUCGAUAGAAAAUUAUCUAAAGCAAUAUUGUAUAAAUAUUUAUAAAAAAGUUGCGCACAUUCUCAAUGAUUUUUAUCUGCAGAUGAAAUAUUUUUAUGUACUCCAUGUCAUUGAAUUUGAUGUACAAAAUAACAGUUUAAACAUUUGUACACUUAUACAUAUUUAUCUUUGUAAAUAUAAACGACGGUCGAAGUUUGAAACGCCGUACGGGACAAAAACUUAUCGUAUUUUAUUCGACCCUUACGGCAUUUGAAAUUUCCUCUAUCGAGAGCUUCUUUUUUGUACAGUCAGUUGCAAAAAUCAUUUGCAAACGAUGUACAUAAUUUGAAAUUGCAGCUUUGAAUCUGAAUAACAUUUUGUAACUGCACUAUACAAAGUAUUGUAAGGUGAAUGGUAAAUGAAGCACUCUAAAAAUGCAUGUCCGUUGUCGGUGGCGUUGUACACGAAGGUCUUAUGAUUAAUAUACUUACUCUGAACGUAGAUUACUCUGUGAGUGUACAUUUGUUUGCUGCACAGUUGAUCGUCUACAUUUAUUUGGUGUAAGGUUUUUUGGUAAUAUGUAAUGUACACAAACAACUCUAUUCAUUAUUAUAAUACCUUGAUGUUAGUAUUGGGCCUUUACAUACUUUGUACUAGUCUUAAAUAAAAUCGUUUAAAAUGUUGUUAGGAAAAUUUUAUAUUUACAUAUUUGUCAAAUAUUGUGAGAUAAAAUAAAUUCUCAUGAGGCAAUUGUUACAGACCAACUGUUACAUAAAUCUUAAAUGUUUUCUGUUUUUAUUCAGAUAUUGUAAUGCAAACCGGCAGUAGCUUAACCAAAUGGAAUAGCUACUUUUACAGAAACUCGUUAUUUUUACUCGUUUAUAAGUUCUGUAAUAUGCCCGAGUCUUUUUUGCAAUGCUUAGCUAUAAUUCCACGUAAUAAUUGAUUAAAUAUAUAAUUAAAUUUGUUGUUACAUGUAACUAAUGAAUUGUAACAAUUUACGAUGGUGAAGCUAAUGAAAUUUACAGAAUCCUGUGUUAAUACUUUAUGAGACUAAAAUGUCAUCGUUCUCUGGGUAUUCUUUCGCGCUGUAAAUACAAAUGAUAAUUUUUAUUUUAACUUGACGUUGUUAAUGCAUCCAUUUUAAUCCGCCUUUUGCCCGUUAUUUGCCCGCAAACGACUUAUGCCCGUUUUCACAAUCAAUCAAUGAGGGUUUUCGCGAAUGAAAUAUCCGCUAGAUGGCGGGACGUGGAUGUGGGGUCUGACUGCGCGAUUGAUGGAUUUUGACAUAUCUGUCAAUGUCAUGUCAAAAAUAACCAAUCAUGCAGCAUUUGGACCUCGCGUCUACGUAUUGCCAUCUGGCGGAUUUUUCAUACGCGAAAACCCUCAUUGAUGGUGAAAACAGACAUAAAAGUAAUUUUUGGAGGGAGGGCGUAACCCUCUAGACAAGUGGCAAAAUGUGACAGUUGUAAUGUCGAAAGAUGGUCGAAAGGCCUUUUUUGCAUGGAGUUACAACAGAUUCCAUUUUCGAUUCGAUCAAAAUGUGCCACUUGUCUAGACACACUUGUGUAGUACUCGUAUUGUGUUUACUGGAUUUGUUAUGUUAUUUUACAAUGUGCUAGUAAUUAAAUACUGCAUGAAUGUCGAAAGAAUCAGUUAUGCUCGUAUUAUGAAAACCCGUAUUAUACACACUCGACAAUAGACUUCAAUGUCAAGUCAGUCAUAGUUUCUGUCUUGUGAUUGGCAUAAAUACUUUAGUUCAUCCAAUCAAACGCCAAAACCUAUCCUCGUGAUUGAAUCGGGUUUUAAGAUUCGUUUGAAAUUUUAUCGAGUUAUGCUUCGUAAUACGAGCCAUAGUUUUGAUCUACUCUAAAUAAAAACCAGUAAAUUAGAGGGCAAAAUGAACCAGUUCCAAAUCAUUUUUUACACAAUUUUACUUGCAACAAGCGUAUCGUAGUAGUUAUUCCUUGAUGACAUUCAGUCAUUUUAUCCAAGAACAUUAUGCUGUUGACUGUACUUUUCACAAGAUUUAUGUUUAUUUAUUGCGCUCAGUGCACGAAGAACCCAACAACUGGCCGACUGUACUACUUUGUAAAUAAAUAUAGCUAGAACUGUAAAUACAUAAUUGAUUGGGCCUACACGGCGACUGUCAGCACAACAACACAACAGACAUCAACCAUGACUAUGCAAAAACAGCACUACACAUUUCUUUUUUAAUUUUACAUCGAAAAAUCUUUUUGAUGUUUACUUUUUUCAAUAAAUAUAUAUUAAUCAAA